AACACAAAGCAUCUAAAAUGGGCUGUGGGGCUUCACAAUCGAAAGAAGAGAAAGCAAUGAUGAAAAUGAUGGGAGCCAUGGGCGCUGACAAGAAGACACUCAAGAAGAUGAAGAAGGAUCUGGCUAAGGCACAGAAGGAAGAGAAGGAGAGAAGAGCCAAGAUGCCCAAGGAAGAAAGGGAAAAGUUGGAGAAGGAGGAGAAGGAAGCCAAGAAAGCGCUUGGAGGCAUGAUGGAAGCCUUUGGUGGCCUUGCUCAAGAAAUGCAAAAGCUUGAGAAAUAACUGAUAGGCAUGAUUUCUUAAUUUAAUUGAAUAAUUUUGAGAACGCUUACUAGAAAAAUUCAGUGC